AUGUUCUUUGACUGUAACAUAGGCACAAUGAAUGAAAUAUUCGUCAAUGGAUGCGCAGAACAAAUUUUUCCUGUUUUAUCAAAAUCAAUUUUGGCUUUAAAUAGUUUUUACUACAAAACCGACCAAAUACUACUUGACCUAAGUGAUGUGAUGCAAGUUUAUUCAGAAAACAACGUUUCUAUCGAGAACAUUUUAGAAAUUCCUGAAUUUUAUACGGUUUUCUCGGAUUAUGUACCUCAAUUGUUUGAUUUCUUCAAAGUAAAAAACGAAAUAACUCCUUAUAUAAUAGAUAAAAUGACAAAUUUAGUAAUAAUUUUAUCCCAAAAAAUAUUAAAUGGAGAAUCUUUACAAGAUCAAUAUCUGAAGUUCCUCUCAUUCUUUAAUAGACAAUAUCUUGUUGCUAUCUGCUAUAUUACCUCACAAAACAGUUUUUAUGCGAUUUUACACGAUACAAUUCCUUCUGUACUUGAAAGUAUCGUAAACACAAUUCCACUUCAAUUUUCAAUAGAAAAUGAUACAAUUUCUUUUGAUCGCGAAGUCAAAAAUUCAUCUUAUAAAAUUUACAAGACAAUUCUUUGUUCUAUCAGUAGACUAGCACCUAAUUUGGUCAUGGAACAAAUUAGAAAGGCUUUUAGCAAUUUUAUGAAUGAACAAAACGCAUUUGAAAAUUUUAUAAGAUAUGUUUCAAUUUUUACUACUGUAACCAUGUUUGCGUUAAAGGGAUUACCACAUGGAUCAAGACAGGAGAUCGUAAAAGAGACAAAUAAUUGGUUUUUCACUCAAUUAGAAAAUCCUUCAAAUUCAGAUGAAAAUAUAAUGUUUUUACAGAAGAUUAUAUUGUAUUAUUACUCAGAACAAAGGGAUCUCUAUCACGAAGAAGAAAAUCAAGAGUUUUUGACUCAAAUUUAUUUCUUAUUUUAUCAACACUUAGUCGUAGAAGACUUUGUACACCAGAUGUUUACUGCUGAAUGCCUAAGGCUCUUUUUAGACUAUGACUACAAAGCUCCAGAAAAAGAUAAUUUAACAAUUCAACCUUAUUUAAGGGAUUCAAAGGACAACCAACGUUUACUUGAUAACAUUGGACCUGCCUUUCAAAAUGUAUUCGGUAAUAUCUUGCCUCCCGUCAUUAUUCCCUUUAUGAAAUUUAAUUUUGUUGUUUUUCAAAUGACAACCGUCAUUUCCCUCUCUAAUCCAGAGCUUCUAGAGGUAGUUCGAGACUUUGAGGACUCAAUGUGCAACAUUUUGUUCCAGUUUGUCGGUCAAAGUAUCAUUGAAAUUAAUCCUGAAGAAAUUUUAUCGAUGGAAACGAUGAUAAUCGGUUGCAAAUUAUGUCAUUACUUCCCAUUAUUACCAUACAAGCAUGAUAAUAUAUUUAAUGAUGUAAUGAACCAGUUAUUUGUCAAUUUCCAAAAUAUUACAAAAUUGUUUCAUGAUUUUUGUAUGAAAAACAAUGUUUCUAGGGAUUCCCUUGAGUCAGAUGAAGCGAAUACAAUGAGGAAAUGGAUGGAUUCCUUACUUGAAGGGUACAUUGAAACAAUCAAAGCUUUUGACAAGCCGGAGUUCAAAUAUAUCGUUGAAUUAAUUCAUUUCUUCAUGACUUUCCCGCCUUAUCUACUAGUUCCAGGCAUUUUUAAGCUUCUUAAAGAAAGUUUGAUAAUAUUCAAAGAGGAAAUCGUGAAAAAUGAACCACCAACCUUUUAUUUAGAUACAUUUCUGGCUGAAAAUGUUCCCCAUAACUGCAUUUCUCUUUCAAUUGAAAUGAUUUUCACUUAUAUCGAAACUUUUUCUGAAAAUCUCAUGAAAUUGAACGACCACAUGGCCAGAAUUAUUCAAAGAGUAUUAUUCUAUUGCGAUUAUGGCGAUGUAGAGAUCUCUUUGACCGCUCAUAAAAUUUUAUGUUCAAUUAUUACAAAAAUUGAAAAAUCAAGUUCUGAAAUCCAUCAAUUUUAUUAUAACCAGCCAUUUCCUGAUGAAUCCCUCCAGUAUACAGUUAACCAAUACGUUUUUAUGGAGAUAAUCAGGUUAAUUUCUUGUGGAGUCUUCAAAUUUGCAUUUCCUUAUUACAAAGAGAUUCUUCAUCUUAGGUACUUCAUACAAGGUGUUAAAACUUACCUAGAUGAGAUUGCUGACUUUGUAGCAGCCAAAUUAGAAGUUUCACAAGAAAAAAUGAAAGAAUGCAUUGCUCCUUUCAUUCUUAGCACAGCAAAAAUUGAUGAAGAGAAGUUUUCAAGAUAUUUAACGGCAUUUUUUAAUAAAAUAACUGAAAUCACUUACUUUGAUCCAGAAUUACAUUUGUGUGACAAUAUGAAACAAAUUAAUCUCGAGAAACUUAUUUCAGAUGCUUCAAAAGUUAAAGAUGAAGCAAUUCCAUUGUUUGAACCAGUAGAAACUGAGCUCUUAGAUGUUUAA